AUGAGUGGUCAUGUGGGAGAUUUAAGCUUAGAACAGCAAAAAGCCUUAAAUCAACUUCGCAACAAUGUAGCCAAUAUCCUACCACAGGAAGAACUUAGUGAUGAUUAUUUCUUGCUAAGAUGGCUUAGAGCUCGGGAUUUUGACUUACAAAAAUCAGAGCAAAUGCUCAGACGGAAUUGUCGAUUUCGUAAGGAAUGGAAAAUUGAAAAGCUUGUAAAAGAGGACAAUAUUCCGGAGCUUUGGCGAAAAUACUAUCCUGGGGGAUAUAUAGGAAAUGAUAAAGAAGGGGCACCAGUAUUCUUUGUGAACUUUGGCAGAUUCGAUCCUAAAGGUAUGCAUAAUUGUUUUCGUCCGGAAGAAUUGAUCAAAUAUUCCCUGUCCCACACAGAAGAAGGCAUGCAACGGUGUCGAGAGCAAAGUAAAUUGCUUGGCAGGAGAAUAGAAGGUGUAACAGUUAUUCAAGACUUGAAUGAGUUAUCUUUAAGUAACUUUCAUAGACCAACUAUACCUCAUUUUAUUAAGGUGAUGCAAUUAUUCGAAGAUAAUUAUCCAGAAUUCUUGAAACGUGCCUUGAUCGUUAAUGCAAAUUAUCAGCAAGUUUUAUUAGAAUAUGUCGAUAGAGAUACAAUACCCAAGGCCCUUGGGGGUAAUCUUGUGGAUGAAAAUGGCGAUCCACAUUGCUCAGCUAUUGUUGGACACGGAGGAAAAAUUCCUGAAUCGUACUAUCAUUCUGAGUUAGUCAAAAGUAAUGAGCGUCCAUUAGGUGACUAUUCAUCAGUGGUUAUUGCUAGAGCAGAUUGCUUACAAUUAAAAUACGAAAUCGAAACUCCUGGCACACUAAUAAAAUGGGAAUUCAAAACAGAUCAUCAUAAUAUUGCUUUUGGUGUUAUAAAAUUAAUCGAAAAUGAAGACGGAACCGUUGAAUACUAUGAAGUGAUUCCCGUUACCCGGCGCAACUGUCAACUUGUAGCAGAAGAAGGCGAUUAUGUUUGUGAAGAUCCUGGUACAUAUAUCUUGAAAUUCGAUAACAGUUUUAGCUGGAUCAACAGCAAAAACUUGCAAUAUAUCGUCGAGGUCUUAUCACCUGAUGAAAAUAUGAUGAAUAGAAUAGGAACGAAUGUAAGAUUUCCUUGA